AUGGAGACAAUUUUUGUUAGUCCAGUAUCCCAAAGCCAAUUUCAAUUUCAACGACUCCUCUCACGUCCCAAAUUGAUUUCUCACUCACCCACACUCGAUUCCUUGCACAUUGCCGUCAUUACUCACCAGCCGUUCCAGCCGCCGCCGUCAACCUCGCUCAAAUUCAGGACGAAAGAGGAAUUGUUGGGUUCAGGUAUACAUUGUUCUAAUUUAUUUUCAAGGAUUCACCACCAAGCAAAUGGUGAAUCAAUGAAAGACCUACUUGACCCUCUCUGGUGUGCUCAUGGGUUCCCAUGGUCUCACCAAAGGUUUUUUGGCUUUUCUCAAUUACCCUGCACAUCUCAUGUUCAAUCCACCAAGAAAAUUGUAAUUGAAAGUCAGCAGCAGCCCAACAAUCCCAAUCCCAAUCCAGGCGGAUAUGAAGCAUAUAAAAAAAGGGAUGUCUCAACUCGGGGACAAUGACUAGCAGGGAUGAGGUGUUUCAUAACUUAGUCCCCCGUGAGAAGAAAAACUGUAUAUUCGAGUUGGGGUCAUUGGCACCGACGGUACCUACUGAACAAUUGUCGUUCAAUAGCGAUGUUCGUACCCCUACAACUGCCUGCUGACAACUGCCUACAGAUGAGGAACGGAUAAUAAACAUGGAGUAGCAGUGGAAGUGGAUUAUGAGGGAACAAAAUAUGACCAUAAAAUAGCUAGCGAAGAUUCAAGCUUAUUUAGACUGUUAUGACCCAGACGGCGAUACCGGUGCUCCUCUGGUCACGUGAUGUAUGUUUGUUUUAUAUUUCAUUUAUUUUUGGCAUUUUCUGGAUUGAUGGAAUUGUUGGUCUAUUUUAUGUUAUCGUCUAGUAUUGAAGAUGUAGUUCAUUUUGUAUUACACAGUGUUUAUUGUUUGGAUUGUUGUUAGAAUGGCUUUUUAUAUUGUUAGCUUGUAAU